AUGCCCGACGAUACCCUACACCCAGAGGAUCUGAAGAGCCUCGGCAUUGAUGAGUACAACACUGCGAAGCCCAACAACUUGUUGCGGCAGAUUGGACUCUUCCGCAAGCUUGACGACGAUGGCUGGAAGCAGCAGCAGCAGCAUUAUCAUCAUCGUCAAAGCUUCGAAGAAGACCUAGAGGAAGGGGAGAUUCGGUCGUGA